AUGCCUCCCCCGAAUCCAGAUACUGUGGCGGUCUUUACCAAGCCAGGACACCCAAAGUUUGUCGCCUCAAUGUUUUCAAGGCUGUUUGGCACCCUGUUCGGAGUCUUGGCUUUUCCUUCUGGGGUAUGGCGAAAGCUCCCAGAAUUCGCCAUCUAUGAUGACACUCUUCGUGCGGGCCCCAUGUCCGCAAAUAAGAAAGAAUGGUUGAUGAACAUGAAGGCGAGAAAAUUCCUUGAGUAUGCCAAGACAUUCACGCCCCAAGUCUUGUUCAGGGGCUUUACUCCCGACUCAGGAGGAGGAGAAGACGAGAGGCUGAAUGGACCACACGGUGUGGUCCCACAUGGAUUCCUAGAUGGGACCAUACCAACAAGCAUGUGGCGCACCCUCCACCUCUCCGCCAUGAUCUCUGGUCACCUGGAGGGAGAUGAGAAUAUCGUGUCAGACUUCAGCUCGUGGACCCAGACAUGGAUGACGGCCCUUCGCUUCUCCCGCUACCCUCACAACAAGGAGGCUAGAAUCGCGGUACUGGACACGAGCUCUAUAGAGGAGCACGUCUGGAGUUCCUGCGAUCUCCUCCGCGCAGACCUGACCGAGGACGAGUAUCCUGACGAGUACCUGAUCUAUGGCCCCAUAACCGGACCGAAAUACCAUUACGUUUCGCCAUACGAGCUGUACAACAAGACCAGGAUCCGGGACCUCCUCGGAAGUGCCCCGUCCGUGUUUGGCGAGAACCCGGACUCUUUGGCCAUCGAACAGGACGCGGUCGAGAGCGCGAAGGCUGUCGCCGCCUUCCUGCAACCUCGCAGCGGCCGCGGCGAGACCCUUGCGGUCCUCACCGCACGCUUUGUCAGCUACCGGGCUGCCCGGAUUACCCAGAACGACUCCGACAGGCGCCAGUAUUUGUCCUACAAGGACAUCGAAAAGUAUCUGUCAUGCGUUGAGUCUCAGAUCGAUCACCUAGCAAAGAACGCCCGGGACGGGGAGGUCGUCCUCGUCGACGCCACUAUGUACGCUGGCAAGCGGUACCUGAGAUUCGAAGUCCAGCUACUCCAGGCCGUGGAGAAUGCCGUCCGAAUCAGAGCCCAUGAGCUGAGAUCGACGAUGUAG